CACAUAUAUAUGGUGUGGCGGUGAAGAGAAUAUUGUAUUACAACCGACAGAUGUCACAGGCAUUCUGUACUUACGCUGUUUCUUUUUGACGAGGUCCAACAUUUCUACAGAGAAGGAAAGAAAGAAAGACAAGAAAGAAAAUUACUGAAUGAACGAAUAAAAAACUGUAAAAUGUCAACUACUCUAUUAAACGGGUGUUUAAUGAAAGACUGCGUGUAUAUGUAUACGUCGUCUAAACACAAGCACAUUCAUAUUGGCUAGAUGUAUACACAGCCAUAGAACACACAGCGAAAGAGUGCCGUCGCAACGCAACGUAGAGUAACUACUGACAAGGCUUUGCAAGGAAACACGGCAUCAGUUUUCCCCUGCUACUACUACACUGCUUAAAUUACCACUCGAGUUACAAGUAUUAAACACGGGCGCUGCUGCUGAGAAUGUUGUUGCUUUUCAGGUCUGCGUACUAUCAAACAACAAAUGUCCACUACAUUCCGACAAAACCCUUUUUGUGUGAUAUUUCAGGGAUUUCUACAUCGGCAUUUUAAUGAGAUAACUGGCGGCAGUGAACUGUAAAAUGUGGCGUUGUUUUCUCUGUUCUCUCUUUUGAGUUUCUCUGUCAUAUUUCAAGUGAUUUAUACAUUUCAAUCACCUGGCAACGUUAUUUCGUAAAAUUUAAAUCUGCUCACAUAACUGAGAAUUUCAGAUUUUUCUUUCUCUCUCGGCGUUUGAUCAAUAAGCAAUUUUUCGUAAUAAUGACAACUUUCAAAAAGCAGCGAAAUAAACCAGCGAGUUUAAUAACGAACUGCUAGGCGAAUAUUUAUUUUAUAUGCACGAAAGAAAUUACGGAUAACCGUCCAGGAAAAUAUCAUUUCUUCAAAUCUACAACCAUGAGGACUUUAUUUCUACCUGGGAAAAGAUGCUGGACAUAUUUUUGUCUAAUAGCACUGUUUAAUUUGAUAAGUCUUUAUUUUGGUUGGACUCUCUUUGAGAAUUUAACCCGAAUCGGCAGUCGGCGACACCUUAGUAGUAGAACCAAACACGAUAUUACACCACAAAUGAGAAGCUUCCUAAAUGACAUCGAAGACACUUCCUUGAAAACGUUACGUUUUGAACCUCUUCGGAAAAGGUCACAUCGGAAAUUCAAAAAUGACCUGCUCUCACUUACACCUCGUAAGCGACCACCAGUAGCGCAGAUGUCGUCUGCAACUAAUAUCUCAUCUCGUUCUUCGCCAUCAAAUUCGAAAGCAAAGAAUGGUAAAAAGAAAAUACAUGAAAACAGUCUGUUGAUUUGGAAACAGAGUAUAUUUCAAGAAAAACCUAAAGACAAUAACGGUUCCCCGAAGGCUACGGAUAACAAAAAGAAUAAAAAGAGACGUUUAGCUUCGUCACGGAGCAUUGAGUUUUUCAACACUCGAAUGAACAAUGACGAUUUGAGAGCAUUCACAGAUAUUUUGAGCCGAUUUGUGGAACUGGUAACAACUUACAACUUAACAUAUUUUCUUUACAGCGGAACUUUACUCGGUUCCUUCCGGCAUCACGGAAUCAUACCUUGGGACGAUGAUAUGGAUGUUAUGAUGAAUGUAAGUGAAAAGCCCUUCAUUCGGCAAGUCCUUUCAAGCCGUUCACCAAAUUACAUUCUCAACGAUAAACAAGGCAAGCGUUGGAAAUUUUAUUCCACUUUGUCUCGUCCUAUUCCAGGGAUUUCGUGGUCGUGGCCCUAUUUGGACAUAAGUUUCUUCCGGGAGAAUAAGACCCACAUCUGGGACGCUGAUCCAACUUUCUCAUCUUCUUAUACAUUCCAUAGAAAAGAUGUUUUUCCAGUAAGUGAUCGUCCAUUUAUGGACUCGAUGCUACCGGCUCCUAGAAACACGGGUCGUUUCUUGCGAAACCGUUAUUCAAUGAAAAUGUGCAAAUCUAACACCUACGAUCAUAAACUGGAAAGAUUUGUUUCCAAAUACCAACAAAAAACUAUCUCAUGUGAGGCACUAGUAUCUCUUUAUCCAUUUGUUACUCACCAUAGUUUACCAAACGGUGGAGCAAAUGAAACUCUGAUUUUCAAAGGUACUGUCAUACGUUCGUUUUUGAGAAAAUAUGAUUAAAACGGAGUAAAAAGAAAAAAGAAAAAACACAACAAAAUAAAAGAACAACCACAACACAAACCAUUUAAAAAACCAGCCAAAAAAAAAAAAAAGAAAAUGACAAUUUUGCUCCUUCCAGAUUUCUCUCAUUAUA